GUCAACAUGAGCAACGAUAUGCAAGAAAUGAGAGUUGUUUUGAUAGGAAAAUCUGGAACCGGUAAAAGUUCUACAGGAAAUACUCUUCUGGGCAGCAAGGUUUUUGAUGCAAAAUUGAGUUUUAAUGCUGUGACAAAGGAAUGUGUUGAAGGGAGGUUUGUUGACCACAAUAAGAACUUGACCUAUAUAUGUGUAGACACACCGGGGCUAUUUGAUUCAAGUGAUAAACUAGCAGAAACGGCUUUGAAAAUCCAGUCGUCCGUAACAAAGCACUGCCAUAAACCGCAUGCAUUCCUGUUAGUUUUGGAAGCCACAAGGUUUAACCAUGAGGACUGUUUUACCUUAAGCUAUUUACAAAUGAUGUUUGGGAAGGAGAUAUGUGAGCACUUGAUUAUUGUCGUCACACACGGAGAACGAUUUCAGUCAGAUGAUCAUUUUAUGAAAAAACUAAAGGAAAAUGACCCUCUUUGGGAUUUCAUUAAAAAGUGUGGAGGGCGAGUUAUACGAAUUGAAAAUGAAUCCAACUCAAAGCAAACAGCGCGAGAGAACUUAGAAGAAACAAUUGAAAAGUUAAGUAGAAAUGGAAAAGAAGUUUACUCAUGCAAGUAUUUAAGCACCUGCAGUGAGGCGUUAGCCGAGAGCCUUGCGAACUAUAAGGGUCCAAAAGAUAUUGACAAGCAGCUGCAAGACAUCCAGGAAAUUCUUAAAAGAAAGUUACCAGGCUGCUGCUGCUGUUAUGACAAUAACCUCUAA